GAUAAGGACUUACAUAUUAAGACAGCCCCUCGUUGUUUUAUCAUUUAUUCAAAUGUUUGAGUUUGCCAGCAGCUUUUUUAUGUAUCUAAAUUAAACAAUAAGAACCGGAUAUCACGAAUACUACGAGAAGCGACCCCGCCUUCUGACAAUCUAGCUUGCGGAUGUUUAGCUAACUAUCUUGACUCUAUAUGUUUUGUGUCUUUGGCGGAACUCUUGAAACACUUCCGACAUUUCCCAACUUCAAGUUUUCGUCAGUUUUCGGUUUCUGUGCCUUUCCCGUUGGAUUCACGAUGUCGGGAAGUCCUGCUCUGCUGAUGCGCCUGGUGGCGUCUGCCUACUGUGUGGCUGAGAAGGCCGGGUCCAUAGUGAGGAAGGUCCUUCAUAGUGGAGAACUUGGCAUUGUGGAAAAGACUGGAGCUAAUGAUCUACAGACACUGGCAGACAGACUUGCACAGCAGAGCAUCUGCGCCUCCCUGUCCAGACACUUCCCAAAGAUCACCAUCAUUGGAGAAGAGGACCUUCCAUGUGAGGAGAUAAAGGAGGACCUCAUUGAGACUGGCCAGGCAGAGGAAAUCCUCCAGAAGAGCUGUCCACCAGAGUACAGUCAGCUGAAAGAGGAGGAGCUGGUUGUGUGGGUUGAUCCUCUCGAUGGCACAAAGGAAUAUACUGAAGGGCUCCUGGAUAACGUGACGGUGCUUAUUGGAAUUGCAUAUGGAGGCAAAGCAAUCGCAGGCAUCAUCAACCAGCCUUUCUACAACUACCAGCUUGGCACAGAAGCAACUUUAGGAAGAACCAUGUGGGGGAUCCCGGGACUGGGCGCCUUUGGGUUUCAGCUGCAGGAAGUUCCAGGUGAUAGACGAAUCGUCACCACCACCCGUUCCCAUAGCAACAAGCUGGUAACAGACUGUGUGGACGCGAUGGAGCCUCAUGAAGUUAUAAGAGUGGGAGGUGCUGGAAAUAAGAUUAUUCAGCUUGUUGAGGGAAAAGCAUCUGCUUACGUUUUCGCGAGUCCAGGCUGCAAGAAGUGGGACACCUGUGCUCCUGAAGCUCUCCUGCACGCAGUCGGAGGUAAACUGACCGACAUGCAUGGCAACGCGUACCGCUACAACGCAGACGUAAAGCACAUGAAUUCGGCCGGUGUUCUCGCGACGCUGCGCAACCACGAGUACUAUGUCAGCAGAGUACCACAGUCAGUGCUGCAGGCGCUGAAGUCAGACUGAGGUUGGUGCGAAACAAGGAAACACAAGGAAGGAAAAUCAUCUUCUGAAUUAAAUCACUUUUAUUGAAUCUUAUAUCUGAUUUAAACCACAGAUUUUUUUUUGACAUAUUUGUUUAUUCUCCUGUUUUAAGUUUGAACACGGUGAUUUCAGACUCCAGGGACAGACGUGUAAACACACACCACACAUUCUUGAGGAGAAAGCAGGUUCAACAACAGCACUUCUGUUUAUUUCACUCAAAAACUCAGAACACUGACCAACCGAUGCACUUCAAUCAAUAACCACCAGGUGGAAACAGUGUAAUAUAACAAGCCAACAGCAGGCAAUAAUGUCCUGACCUCUUCACAAUGUUAUGUGAUGAAUGACUUGCAUCAGCACUUUUAUUGUUGCUGUAUAAAUAUUUAUACUGAUAAUCAAUCUUCAGUACUGUAACCUUGUGUUAGCGCUUCCCUUAUUAUAUACACACUACAAUUUAAUGUCAUUCAUCACUACAUUUCUGUAGUGUUAGCUCACUGAUGUUUACUUCCCACAUUUCUACAUACAACAAAAAGGAACCUUUUAAUACUACUGCAUCGUUUUUUUCUUUCUCGCCAUUUCACACCAUGAUUGGAAAAUAAUGCUCUUCAACAACUACAAAUGCUGGUUCAAUGAUAUGAAGGAGUUAAAAACACUUUUCAGUGCAGGUUAUUUUAGUGUCUGAACGUCCUAGUGAAAGGUACACAAGCUUGGCUGGCUUUAAUGGCCUGUUGCAAUGUUUGUGUUUUGUUUUCUAGCGAUAUUUAUUGCACUUUUAUCAUCAAAAUCUCAAGAUUUUAUUGAUUUCCUCCUUUUUAUGGAGGAAUAACAUUCUCAAGUCGAAAAAAAAGCUUACGGUACUGUGCAAAAUGUCCUGGGCCACCACUGGCUUUGCCGUUAGACUCUGAUCUUUGACAUUUUGAACUGCGAUUGAAAGAUUUGGAGCUUAUUAAUUAAUGCUCAAACAUGGCAAUAGUUGGAUAAAGAAAGGUUACUAAUAGAAAUAAUUUGGGUUCCAUUCAUUUAGGUUUAAAAGAACCCAGGUCCUGCUGUUCAAAUGCAGGGGGAGGACACAUGACACUUAAAGUUGUAGAAAUAAUUAUAAAUACUAGUAAUGGUGACCUAAGAUUAUGGCACAGUACUGAUGUUGUCCUAAUUAAAAAGGAAACAAUGGCAGUUAUCAGGUGAAUUACACACACAUUAGGCAGGUUGAGGUCGAACAGUAACUAUUUGACCCUGUCGUUAAAAGUUUCAUUAGCAAAGGCAGAGGGGAAAAAAUUAAAAUCUCAGUUUCACACAAGUGCAUGCAUUCACAAAAUCACAAUAGAAGUUGUUAACCUGAAGGCAGAGAAAAAAAUGUUUCUUAAACAGGGGGCCGUGUUAUAGAAAUGAGAAGCUGAGUGAAUAUACAAUGUCGUCCAUAAAAA